UAUAAUCUUGACCUUUAACAAUUAAAUAGUACACAUCUCUUUCAUCCAGAUGUGUACUUAACGAAAUGGAGGGAAAGGGUAAUGGAGGGGAGCCAAAUCCGACAAUUACCAAGCCUAAAAUGAUUCACUCUUUGGCUAUUCAUGUAUGACUAUAUACAAUAUUCUUCAUUGGUUAUAGUCAUAGUACCAUAGCAUUAUACGUAUAUAUAUUCAUUACAUUACACAUAUACCUGGAUAAAUAAUUAAAACUCCAACCAUAUCUUCAUAUUUUCCUCCUUAUAAAUAGGGAGUAAUUAAAAGCCAUAUGGAACAUAAAGGAAGAAUAACACAAUAUGGUGGGAAAAAUGAUAGGGAGCUCAGCUUCACCAAAUGGUUCAUUUACUAGCGCCAUGACACUUACUAAAGAGGAACUAACCUGUGUUCCCAAGCGUUAUAUCCUUCCACCAUCCCUACGGCCCAAUGGAGCCGAGUAUAACACAUGCUUGCCAAUUGUGGAUCUAUCCUAUCUGCAACACCCUCUUGUUCGGCCUCAGAUAAUCCAGGAAGUACACCUGGCUUGCAAGAAAUUUGGUUUCUUCCAGGUAGUUAACCAUGGAAUCCCAAUGUCAGUCAUGAAAGAUGCUAUAGAUGCUGCGAGCGAAUUCUUCAAUUUACCAACUGAAGAGAAAAGGCAUCUCUUGUCUUCAAAUGUUCAUGACCCCGUAAGAUAUGGUACCAGUCUAAAUCAUGUCAAAGACAAAGUAUACUUUUGGAGAGACUUCCUCAAGCACUAUGCUAAUCCAACCUCAACUUGGCUCGACUUUUGGCCAUCAAAUCCCACAGCUUACAAGAAGAAAAUGGGAAACUACACAGUGGCAGCACAAAAGUUGCAAGAAGAACUCAUGGAGGUGAUAUUUGAGAGCUUAGGACUAAACAGUAAUUACUUACAUGAAGACAUUGCAGAAGGUUCCCAGGUCAUGGCAGUUAAUUGCUAUCCAGCAUGUCCUGAGCCAGAUCUUACACUAGGAUUGCCACCACAUACAGAUUAUGGUAUGCUAACAAUCAUUCUUCAAAACCAUCUGGGCUUGCAAAUCAUGGAUCGAGAUGAAAAGUGGCAUUCAGUUCCACUCAUUGAAGGAGCUCUCAUUGUUCAAUUGGGAGAUCAAAUGGAAGUAUUGAGCAAUGGCAGAUACAAAAGUGUUCUGCAUCGAGCAACAGUUAACUCAGAAAAAAAGCGCAUUUCGAUUGCCAGCCUUCAUAGUCUAGCUUUAGGUAAAAAAGUUAGACCUGCAUCAGAGCUUGUCAAUGAACAACAUAUCUUGUCCUAUAAAGAAGGAAGCUUCAGUGAUUUUCUAGACUUCAUUUCUGGAGAAGAUAUUGUGGAAGCAAAGUACAUAGACAAAUUAAAAAUAAACUCAUGAAGAUUAUGGUAAAUGAGACAGCAGAGCAGAGCAGAGCAAAGCAUACAAGAAAUCUCUUCUUUACACUCAAAUUCAAUGCUGCACAACCUCUGUGUUCGUACUGUUUAAAUACACAGGCAUAUAACUAGUAGCUGUUUUUCUUAUGACACACUCUAAUAUCAAUCGUGAGGGUCUCUUCAUUCUUCAUAUACAAGAUCUCACUGUGACAAAUAAAUUUUGGAACAAAGUUUAUCAGUUCAUUUAUUUUUAAGUACGAUUUUCAUUUUGACGGAUUUAUGGAAGCAUGAUUUGUCAACAUCAUAAAAUGAACCAUCAGGAUCUUCAUUCAGCCAAUGCUUGACCUCAGUUGGCUAACACCAGACUUCAGCACAUAGAUGUUACAAUACACUCAUCACAUUAAAGCAUUCAAGUUGUUUAAAAGGUAUUCCUGCUUAAUCCUAAUGUAAACCAUACCACAUUCAUCUCUAGUACACGUGUUUAUUUUUUUGUUGACAGUAAAUUGAUAAGGAGAAUUCAUUAAGAUCUUAAACUAAUUAGACCUGCAAAGACACUAGGGUGAUUUACCAUUGUAAAGUAUAUACAGAUACAAUCAGCUUCCAACAAUAUCUGUUCUGUACAGUAGCCCACAAAUUAACCAGCAUAACAACAACUUUAGUAUUAUAAUCUUUUUCCUUAUUUCUUUUUUCCCCAGAUAAGACAUAACGGAAUCUCAAUUUUCAUAAGCCUGGCAUGUCAAUAUGAUGAGUCUAACACUACAGAAAACUUUUCAUCACGGUGAUCUCAGCGAAAUUUCAGAGGUCCAGCACUAUCCAGUUAUCAUUUCAGAACUCCUUCAAAUUAAUUAAUCAUCGUGACAAAUUAUCUAUAUUUUCUUACACUGAAUUGCUUCUUUUUACAUAUAUUUCUUACAGCAGUUAGUGGAAUAAAUGAUGCAGUCAUCACCUUUGUUAAUCAAAUUGAUAACUGACUCUAUUUCACAUCAUAAUGAUUUAACUCCUUUGCAAUAUCGAAAAUUCAGAACUGUUGUUAAUGCUACUCUAAUUGCCUGCAGUUUCUUCAUCUUAUUUGCUUUUGGUUUUACUUCAAAUUAAUUCAUUAUCCACCAAAUUGUAUAAAAUGGUUAAGUCAUUGUCAUUGGUCCUAAUUCAAGCUGCUAAUUUACAAUGUUGUUCAUAGAAUGAAAGCUGAUCUCCUCAGAAAAUAAGAUAAACUGCUAAAACAAGAGACAUCAAUAUUUUCUUCAAUCUUACAUAUUAGAGAAUCAUAAAUCCAAGCCAAUAUAUUGAUAAGAACAUCAUGUUUCUCCUUGAAGUUGAAAUUUGAUUUAGAAAUGAUUUUUUCGUUUAUCCAUUCAGAAAGGUAUAGAGAAAACUAUAAUCACAAAUAUUGUGUUAGCGAUUUUGCCUAGAGCAUUACGAAUAACUUUAGAAAGCUAUUGACUUAUUCAGAAGAGAACUAAUCAUUUAUUAAGUGAGUUAAUUAAGUAGUUAGCUUCUUCAUUGAUCUAAUUUCUAAUUUCUUCAGCAAUUAACAAUAUAGUUCAGAAAUUUAACAUUGUUUAUGCAUAUGCUCACCAAUCAUAUCAUCAACUUACUAAUUAAACUUCUAUAAGCUUGAAUUUGCAGUUGAAUUUGUCCAUUCCAAUUACAAACAGCGAUUUUGUGUAUGAUUUGCAUAUAAUCUCGGGAUAUAUGAAUAGCAAACAAAUAAAAUUGCAGAUUUACAUGACUUUCAGUCUAAUUAGUACUAUAAUUACACAAAAAUAGGGACAAAUUUCAACUGAUUCGAGGAAAAAAAAAU